AUGUAUAUAGACUUGGUUCUUGAUUUACUUACUCAAGAGAUUGAGAAUCGUUUUCCAGAAAUAAACACAGAAUUGCUUACUUGCAUGAAUUGCCUUAGUCCAAAAAACUCAUUUGCUAGCUUCAAUGUAGACAAGUUGGUUCGUCUUGCAGAACUUUAUCCGGCUGACUUCUCAUCUAUUGAAUGCAUGUCUCUUCCAUAUCAACUUAAAACUUAUAUCAAUGAUAUAGUUGAUAAAGUUGAGUUCUCCAACAUUGAAGAUUUGAGAAAUUUAGCAAAGAUUUUGGUUUCUACCUCAAGAGAUAAAGCUUUCCCAUUGGUGUACCGUUUGAUUGAGUUGACAUUGAUCCUCCCGGUUGCAACAACUUCUGUCGAGAGAGUAUUUUCUUCCAUGAAACUUAUUAAGACAGAUUUGCGCAAUAGAAUGGGAGACGAAUGGAUGAAUGAUAUCAUGGUGGUAUACAUUGAGAGGUGA